AUGGAUAUGCUUGUUAUAUUUAUAAUUUCAUCGAUUGUUUUAAAUACCUGUCCAGCGAGAAAGUAUUCCAGCGCUAGCACCGAAGCAUCGAGUAUACUACUAGCAGUGAUUCUGGUACCCACGCUUAUUGGCAGUUGUGUUAUUACCAUAGUAAUCGUAUGUUGCUGCUAUAAAAAAGCGCCGUGGUGUCGACCACAAGGAAGAGAUGUUAUGCUUAUAGUGGCACAGCAGGUUUUAGCGCAACAACAAAAUCCAUAUGCACCUCCAGGUUUUUCUCAAACAACAUUUUAUGAUCAACCACCACCUUACAGUCAAAUAGCACCUUACAAAAAGUCAACACUGCAUUCAGAAUCUAUACAGACAUCAUAA